AUGACCUCUCUGGAAGAAGAGGAGGAGAGUGAACUAACCAAAAAGUUCAUCAAAGCUUCAGAUACAAUCCCAACUGGUUAUGCCAAAGCUACACUUUCCCCUUUGCCCUCAGAACAGUCUGCAGCAGCACAAUCUCUAAACGUGCCCCACAUGGUAAAACAGAUGAAAGUUGGACGUCUUAUCUUCUGGGAUUUUGACGGACAAUAUGUUUAUCUAACAACACAUCAGACCUUCAUGACGUUCCGGGCAUUGUUUCUUGUAGUAUUUGAUGGGAGCAAAGAUUUGCAUGAACAGGUCCCUGAUGUGAUGUGUUUUCCAGGGCAGCACAUGACGCCAACGCCAGCAGUAUUCUUGCAAUAUUGGGUCAAUUCCAUCCUGACCUAUUGUAAGGUUGUAUAUGCAGGCAUUCCAAAAAUCUUGUUUGUUGCCACUCACAAGGACAAAGUACCAAUGGAGAAUAUUGAGACCAGACGUGAAGAGCUUUACAGAGGAAUUGAGGAGUUGUUUAAAGACCACGAGGGAAAACAUCAUCUGGUCCUUAGACCUCUCAUAUUUGUCAAUGCCAAAGAUCAAGCUGACCCAGAAAUAGAAGUUCUGAAGAAAACAAUAACAGAACUUACAUUCGACCACCCAUGCUGGGGUGAAAGAAUGCCCAAUGCUUGUGUUCCACUAGAGCUAGAGAUCGCUGAACUAGUGGCAGAAGGAAAACAAAUAAUGUCAUUGGCUGAAGUUAAAGAAUUAAAUGCUAUCAGCGAGGUGUCUGUCCUGUCCCCUGAGCAGUUGACUGAUUUCCUACAUUUUCAUCAUUCCCUGGGGAAGAUUGUUUAUUUCGAUACCCCCCAGCUGAGAGAUAAUGUAAUGAUCAACCCUCUUCUUAUGGUGGAAGUUAUGAGAUCUUUUAUCACAGAUGUUGCAUUUUGGCCCAAAGAAAAUAAAACAAGGAAAACCUUUCAAAAGAUGUCUGAAAAUGGAAUGAUACAAAAAGUAGACCUCUACCAGAUUUGGGAACAAGAAGAAUUCCGUCAGAUUUUACCAUUUAAAGAGUACAUAUUUGAUAUGCUAAUACAUCUAGAUAUCGUAUCCGAACAACGGAGAUAUGAUACAAAAACAGGAAGUCGUCUACCAAUAGAAAACUUCUUUGUACCCUGUAUGCUUACCCAAAGAAAUGAUACAGAUUUCUUGAAACAAGAAUGCACACCAGAGAGGACACUAAGUUUGGCCUUUGUUUUGCAUGUCUGA